UUUGGCUCGGAGAGAUUGGAGCAGUCUGGCAGAGCAUUUAGCAGGAAGAAAACUCACUGCUGGUUCCUAUGGUCACUUCCAUCUCUCUCGUCGACGUGCAGAGCCGAAGAUUUCGCUGGGGGAGUUGAAGUGGACACUGGAGUUUUACUGGCGUAAAUGGCACUCAGAACUCUGAGUUUACCAACAAUGAUCCGAGCUGAGGCUGCAAAUUUUAAUGGUCUACCUCCUCCUCGCUCUUCCAACUCAGUGCCUCAUCUCUCAUUCACGAAGCCAUCUUGGGUUGUGAGGACAGAGUCAAAUGUUCGGAAGAAAAGAAGAAAGAAGCCAGAUCCUCCUUGUGUAGUCUGUGAGGGGAGUGGAAGGGUUGAUUGUCACCAGUGCCAUGGAAAAGGGAGGACAAACAAUGUUGAUUCAGAAAUGCUCCCAAAAGGUGAAUGGCCAAAAUGGUGUAGGACUUGUGGUGGAAGUGGCCUUGAUUACUGCUCCCGCUGCCUUGGGACUGGAGAAUAUAGAUAUAUUAUGGGCUUCCAUUUCAUGAAAAAGGACGAAAUUCAAUCUGAAGAAAAUAAGUCUUAGGUUCAAUAUUUUUUCUUAUUAUUUUGCUAUUGAUUAGUUCUAGAUUAUAGAGAAUGCUACAGUGCAGUAAAUUAUUAUGAAACUCCACUAAUUUAUUGCCUCAAA